CAGUUUCAUAACAAGACAUCCCACACAACUCGGCUUCGACCCCUGAGUAAGGAUAUUCUGCAUCCCCCUGCCGUCUACGCUGCUUCUAUAAUCCCAACAUCGAAGUGCUCCAAUUAAUAGCACACCGCUAUCUGCGUAAGUGUGCCACACAUUUAUUUUCUUUGUUGCUAGAGUGUUAGAGUGUAUACACUACCCGGCAACACGUUGCUACGCUACAUGCUUGCUGUCACUGCACCUGUUUUUUUUAAGAUCAGUGGGCUAAAAACCUUUCUUUAAUGUGGAGGCUGAUCACAUCCCUGUGCCUACGGCAUCCGCGAGGUACAGCGAUUCAAAUACAUGAGCGGCUAUGCACCACCCAACGUGCAGAAGAGAACCGGCAUACAGUGGAAGCGCUAUAUCUACUGUCCGUAGACAUCCAGAAGGUCAGAAAACUGAAGUGCUGGAUCCUGUACCAAACCCCCACUUAUGUUAAUGAGGUAGCCGAACUGAUGAGGGAAAUGGGGGCUUCUGGCUCUAUAGUUGCUGGGGUUCUAACUCAGUACCCCGAGGCGGUCCUCUGCCACCCUGAGCAAAUGCAGGCUCAGCGGGACCUGUGGUUGUCGGUGUGUCCAAACCACAGAGAACUUGUUGGCGUCAUUGAAAAAUUCCCUGCCUCCUUUUUCACCUGUGCCAGCCACCACGCCAAUCAGCGUGCCAACAUAACAUACUUCCGCCAAUUGAACCUCAACAAGCGCAUCAUCACGAAGCUGAUGUCUGGGGCUCCCAUGAGCUUCAGCCGACCAGUAGACGACAACAAAAAGAUGAUCCAAACCCUCCAGGCAGCCUACCUGGAGCUGGGCGGAAAGGACACCAACGUGAAAAUCUGGCUCCAGAAGCUGCUGAGCCAGAACCCGUUCGUCCUCCUCAAAGACCCGGAGCUGCUGAGGCACAACUUCCACUUCCUGACCCGGAAAGGCUUCACCACCUCCGAGCUGCUGGGCCUCCUCUCCAAGCUCAGGGGCUUCGUCACGGAGCUGAACCCCGACGCCAUGCAGCGUACCCUGGCCUUCUCGCAGCGCACCCUGGGCUGCUCCGACGACCAGCUCCGGCACGUGGUCCUGGACUGCCCGGCGCUGCUGUACCACUCGGAGGUGGUGCUGGCGCAGCGCUUCCAGGGGCUGUCUGCGGUGGGCAUCAGCGCGGCCCAGAUCUUACAGGCUCCCACCGUCCUGGAGCUCACCACGGAGAUUGUGAACCACCGCGUGCAGAGCCUGAGGUCGCACGGCUACGACAUCCAGACCGGGGGGCUGGCGGCUCUCUGUGGCACCAAGAAGGACUUUGAGGCGAGCUACGGGAGGCUGCAGCUACGCAGAGAGAGGCCGAUGUUUAACCCCGUCGCCCCUUUGAGGACGGACGACUGACGGGUCAUGGUACCAGACUGAAUAGGGGGACGGAAAUUUGAUGCUGUGAAUGUAGUCUCUCUGUAUUUAUUUGAAUCUGUGCGCAAGGACAGCUCCAGUGUGGUUGAGAGUCGGCCUGCUUAUAUAAUACCAACAGUUAAUUUGUGAGACAAUUAAAGAGUUCUGAAGGUGAAAACACCUCAAACGUUUUGUGGAGAGAUAUAUCUCCCUGCCAAGGGAUGUAUAUAUUAUUUCAGGUUUUAUAUGUUGGUCCAGUUUUAUGAUAAGCUGAUUUUGAAGUGCAUUAUAUACAGAAGCAUGACUUGCACCCAUGUGACUUGAUUCCACAAUGUCUUGUUUUUUUUAAACGAUAUAUGAUGACUAUGCUCUGUAAGGUGACCUUGGGUGUCUUGAAAGGCGUCUCUAAAUUAAAUGUAUCAUUAUUAUUAUUAUUACAAUCUUGUUGUAUUACUAAGUGCAUCUCAGGGAUAAAAUGCAGUGUUCCAAUACAUUGUCAUUUUACCAAUGUAAAAGCCUGUCAGGUUAUGCUUAUUAUGAGUUGUUUAUAGUUAAGAACCGACAAUACAUUUGAAUUCUAAUAUUCACCAGAUACUCCAUAAACUUGGUUGCCAAUUGUGAGGAAGGCUCAAUGGCAUCCUCCCAGUACAAAUGCAAAUGUUAAAUAUGUCUGUCUGGAAAGUGUUUAACCUCCGAUAACCUCCUGUCCUCUGCCCUCUCCCUCUGCGGUAACACAUGGCACGUGUCAAUAUGAUUGAUGCAUCCUCUAAACCCAGCUAUACACUUAGGAAUAAAAAGGAGCAUCGGAAGUGACUGAAAUCCCCUGACAUGUUUUAUUAUUUUCUGAUUUGAGGCACUUGAAAUAUAAAUACAGAAUAAAUAUUAUUUUACAUCAGCUUAUCUUGAUAGUGAAUGUCUUUCUUAUAAACUUCAUACUUGUAUUUGACCCCAUUCUCUUCUUGGAUUUCACUCGGCACGCCAGGAAAUCUACAGUAAUGCAAACAAAACCAACCAUAUAGAUCAAGAUCGUGGAUUAACACAUUUGUCAUAUCAAUCGAUGGUAACAAUUGUUAAAUUUAGUCUUUGUGAAUUCAUUGUACAACCCUACAGAAUCCAAACAAUCCCACACAAAUAUUAAAACAAUAUAAAUACGUUUACUAAGCAGUUAGAGGGGAUUCAUAAAUCAUACCUGUCUUGCUUUUUAAAUAUCUGUCUGUCAAAAUUGGGGAAGAAAACAUCACAGUCAAUGUUGGCCAUGACAUCCGUGAGGUAUAUCAGGUCACACCAUGGGUGCAUCAGGCUCUCCUGGUGGAAAAGAAAACAGAAACACAGACCUGUCAACAAUGGUGCAACAGAACGUUCGGCUUUGUGCACCUUUUACACACUUUCAAUGGCGUCACGUUACAAUGAACAGCAACAUGUUGG